AUGUCUCUGAGCCUAGAGUCGAAUAACUCAACAGAGCACGAAAUUGAAUACCCAUCGGAUCAGAUUAAUAAAACAGAAAGUCAGCUUCCUCUCUUAAAAGAAGAGUUUCAUAAAAUCUUGGAUCAACAGCUGAAGAUUGUAAAAGAAGAAUUAAAAGAAAACUUCCAGAAAGGAUUAGAGUCCCAAUUACAUCUAAUUAACGAAGAACUGAAUGAAUGUUUUACAGAAAUCAAGGAAGAAAUACAACAGAUGGCUGUCAAGAUUCAAACCAAUGAAAAUUAA